AUGGAGCUCCAAGACAACGAUAGGUACAAGCUAGUGAUCAAACUCCAGGGCCGGGGGAAUUCCAUGAAAACCAAAGUCGACAACAUAGCCGAGGUGUGCAAAGCGCUGGGACGCUCGCCGGCGCUGGUGACGAGGUUCUUUGGCUGCGAGCUCGGGGUGCUUUCGAGCUACAGCGACGACACCAACACCGCCAUCGUCAAUGGCUCCCACGACACAGAGAAGCUGGCAAAACUCCUCGACAAAUUCAUUGCUAAGUAUGUGCUGUGCUACGAGUGCAAGAAUCCAGAGACGGAGUUUACGGUGGACAAGAUGAUCCGGCUCAAGUGCGCUGCGUGUGGUCACUCGUCCGAGGUUGAUCUCCUCAAGAACGACGAGGUGGGCGAUGAAGACGAUCAAGAGGAUGACGAUGGAGUGGAGUGGCAAACCGAUCCUUCGAAGGAAGCGGCCCAAGAACGCUUGAAAGAGCAGCUUAGCUCUAACCUUGGAUGGUCGGCACCGGCGCUCCUCUCCUUCCUAGCCUGGCUAAAAGGCCGCGCGAUUUUCUCGUCGAUCGAGCAGCCGAUCGCCGCCCAGCGCGGCCACCAGUGUGAGAUUUCCGGAGGAGCUGCAGUACUCGCGCCUGGCGGCGGCAUCAUGGACUCGAUUUUCGCGGAUCGGGCUGCAUCGUUCAUCGCAGCACUGCUCCUGGCGGCAUGA